GUGAACAUGACAGCAGCCAAGCACGUUCUGCGAUACCUUCGGGGUAAUCCAGUUCUUCCUAUCGUCUACAAGAGAGGACAGUUUCGGCUAGCGGCGUUUACGGAUACAUCCUUCGGAGCAAACCCCGAUAACGGAAGAUCUACCACGGGAUAUCUCUUCUUUCUGGCUGGAGGACUCAUCAGCUACGGUGCGAAGACUCAAACUCUAACCGCGCAAAGCACGGUCGAAGCCGAGAUUCAAGCACUUAGCUACUCAGCCAGAGAGGCGGUCUACAUCUCAAAUUUUAUGACGGAACUCAACUUCAAGACCUUCGGAUCGGUUCCCAUCAACAGCGACAGCACCGGAGCGCUGACAGUGGCCGGGAAUGCCAUGCACUCUCAACGCACGAAGCACGUGGCCCUGAGGUACUUUUUCAUCCGGGAGCUAGUACUACGGGGACAAAUCACUCUUCACCACCGGCCCAGCGAGCACCAGUUGGCUGAUAUCGCGACCAAGUACCUCCCAAAGCACCGAUUCGCCUCCAUCAUUCAGCAGAUUAAGGACUUCUCGUGUUGA